AUGUUAGAUUUUAUUGUGGAUGGUUUGGUUGAUGUUUGGGGGUAUUGGGGGGGUGGUUAUUGGGGUUGGUGGGUUAGUAUUAGAUUGGAUGUGGGGGGGGUGUGGUUGUGGGUGGAGGAGGAAAGGUGGUUUUUGGUUUUGGGGGAUAGUUUAUGGUGUAUUAUGUGGGUGGGGUGUUAUGGGGGGGGAGUUUGGGGGGUUGGGGGUAGUGGGGGUGGGUAUUGGGGGGGUUGUUUGGUGGUGGGGUGGUGGUUGUGGUGUUGGGGGUUGGGGGUUGGUUGGUUGGGUGGGUGGGUGUGGUGGUUUGGUGGGGGGGUGUGGUGUGGGGGUGUUUGGGGGGGGGUGUGGGGGUGGUUGGUGGGUGUUGGGGGUGGUGGGGUGGUGGGGUGGGGGGUUGGGGUUGGGGGUUGGUUUGGUUGGGUUUGGUUGGGGGAUUAUUGUUGUGUAUGUGGUUGGGGGGUGUUGUUUGUUGGUUGGGUUUUUGGGGGGGGUGGGGGGGGUGGGUGGUUGUGUGUUGUUGUUUUUGUGUUUGGGGGGUUUGGUUGUGGUGGGAGGUUGGUGUGUGUGUGGUGGGGGGUGGGGGUUGGUGGGUUGUUGGGGUUGUUUGGGGUUUGGUAUGUUUUUUUGGGGGUUGGUGGUUUGGUGUGGGGGUGUUUGGGGAGUGUUGGGGUGGAUUGGUUUGUGGGGGGUGGUGUGGUGGGGGUUGUUGUGGUUUUGUUGUUGGGUUUGGGGGGUGGUGGGGGGGAGGUGGGGUGGGUGGGGUGGGGGGGGUUUUGUGGGUUUUGGGGGGGGGGGGGGUGGGUGUUGUGGGGGGAUGUGUGUUGUUUGUGGGGUGUUUGUUUUGGUUUUGGGUUGGUGGAGGGAGGGUGGUUGGUUAUUUUUAUGUGGGUGGGGUUUUGGUGGGGGGUUUGUGUGUGUGGGUGGGUUUGUUUAGUGGUGUGGUGGGGGAGUGUGGGGGGGGGGUGUUUGGUGUGGGUGGGGUUUUUUGGUGUGUGGGUGUGGUGGUUGGGUGUUGUGGGUUGUUGUGGUUGGGGGGUUGUGUGUGUUGUUUGUUUGUUGGGGUUGUUGUUGGGGUUUGUUUUAUUUUUGUUUUAUGGUUGGGUUGGUGGGGUGGUGUGGGGGGGUGGGGGAUGGGGGGGUGUUGUGGGUGGGGGGGUGGUGGGUUGUGGUGGGUUGGUUGGGGGGGGGGUGGGGGUGGGGGGGGGGGGGGGUGGUUGGGGUUUGGGGGUGGGGGGUGUGUGUUGGUUUGGGUGUGUGUUUGUGGGUGGGGGGGGAUUUUUGGGGUGUGGGGGUGGGUGGUGGGGGUGGGGGGGGGGUGGGGGGGUGGUGGUGGGGGGGUGGGGUGGUUGUGGGGUGGUUUGGGGGUGUGGGUGGGGUGUGUUUGUGGUUUGUUUUUUUUUGGGUGGUGUGUGUGGUGUGGGUUUUUGGUGGGGGUUGGAGUGGGGGUUUUUGGGUGUAGGUGUUUUUGGGUUUGGGGGUGUGUUGUGGGUGGUGGGUUGUUGGGGUGGUUGGGUUGUGUUGUGGUGUUGGUGUGGGUGUUUGGUGUGUUGUUGGUUUGUUGGAUUGUUGGAUGGUGUUGUUGUGGUGGGUGUGUGGGUGGGUGGUGGGGGGGGGGGGUGGGGGGUGGGUUUUGGUGUUGUUUGGUGGAUGGGGUGGUGUGGUUGGGUGGGUUUGUGGGUGUGUUGGGGGGGGGGGGUGGGUGGGGGUGGUGGGUGGGGUUUUGGGUUAGGGGGGGGGUGGGGGUUUGGUGGUGUUUGUGGGGUUUGGGGGGGGGGUUUGGGGUUUGGGGGGUUUGGGGGGGUUUUUGGGGGGGUUGUGGGUGGGGGGUUUGGGGUUGGGGGGUUGGGGUGGGUUGGGUGGUUGGGGGGGGGUUGGGGGGUUGGGGUUGUGGGGGUUGGGGGGGGGGGUUUGGUGGGGUUUGUGGUGUGGGUUGGGGGGUUGGGGGUUGUGGGGUUGGGGGUUGUGGUUGGGGGGGGGUUGGGGGGGUUGGGGGUUGGGGUGGUUGGGGGGUGUGUUGUGGUGGUUUGGGUUGGGUUGUGUGUGGUGGGUUUUGGUUGUGGUUGUUUUGUUGUGUGGUGUGUGGGGGGUUGGGUUUGUGUGGGUGGUUGUUGGGUUGUGGGGGGUGUGUUUUGGGGGUGUUGUGUUGUGUGGGUGUGGGUUUGGGUUGGUGGGGGGGGGGGUUGUGGUGGGUGGGUGUGGUGUGGGGUGGGGGUGGGGGGGUGGUGGUGGGGGUGUGGGUUGGUGUGGGGUGUGGGGGUGGUUGUGGGUUGGUGGUGUUGUGUGGUGGGGUUUGGUGGUGGGUUGUGGUGGGUUUGGUGUGGUUUUGUGGUGGGGUUGGUGGUGGGUUUUGUGUGGGGGUUGGUGGUGGGUUUGGUGUGGGGGGUUGGUGGUGGGGGGGGGUUGGUGUGGGGUUUGUGGUGGGUUUGUGGUGGGGUUUGGUGGUUGUUUGGUGGUGGGGUUGGUGUGGUUGGUGGGGUGGGUUUGGUGUGGGGUUUGGUGGUGGGUUUGUGGUGGGUUUUGUGGGUGGGGGUUGGUGUUAGUGUGGGUGGGGUUGGUGUGGGGGGGGGGUUGGGGGGGGGGGGGGGGGGUGGUGGGGGGGUGGUGUGGUGGGGGUGGGGGGGGGGUGGGGUUUUUGGGGGUGGUUGGGGUUUGGGGGGUUGGGGGUGUGGGGGUGUGGUGGGGGUUGUUGUUGGUAAUGGUGUGUUGUGUGGGGGUGUUGUUGUGGUUGGUGGUGGGUUGGGGGGUGGGUUGUGGGGGGGUGUUGGGUGUGAGAGUUUGGUGUGUAUGUGUGUGGUUGGUGGGGUUUGUUUUAUAAUUUUGGGGGAUAUGGGGGUGGGGUUUGGUGUUGGGGUGUGGUUUGUGUGUGGUUUUGGGGGUGGUGGGUUUGUGUUUGGGUGUGGGGUGGGGGUGGGGGUGGGUUGGUUGGGGGGUGUGUGGGGGUGGGGGGGGUGGGUUGUGGGGUUGGUGGGGGGGGGUGUUGGUGGUUUGGGGGUGGUGUGGGGGUGGGGGUUGUGUUUUGGGGGGGGGUGUGGUGAGUGGGGGGUUUGGGGGGGGGGUUGGGGUGGUGUGGGUUGGGGGGGGGGUGGUGUGGGGGUGUGGGUGGGUGGGGGGGGUGUUUGUGGGUUGGGGGGGUGGGUGGGGGGGGUGGGGGGGUGUUUGGGGUGUUGGUGGGGUGGUUGGGGGUGGGUGGUGGGGGGUGGUGGGUGUUGGGGGGGGGGUUUGGGUGGGGGUGGGUUGUGGGUGUUGUGUGUGUGGUGUUGGUGGUGUGGGGUGUUGGGGGUGGUGGGGGGGGGGGGGGGGGGGGGGGGGGGGGGGGGGGGGGGGGGGGGGGGGGGUUUUUUGUUGUGGGUUGGGUUUUGGGGUGUGUGUGGGGGUGUGGGUGGUUUUGUUGUUUGUGGUUUGUUGGUGUGUGUGUGGGUGUGGGGGAUGGAUAGGGUAGGUUGGUGGAGAAAAUGGGUUAUGGGAAAUAUGGGAGGGGGGGGUUAUUUUGAGGUGUGGUGUGGUGUUGGGGUGGGGGGGGGGGGGGGGGGGGGAGGGGGUUGUUUAGUUUGGGUAUAUGAGGGUGGGGUUGGUUUGGGGGGUGUUUGGGUUUUAAGGGGGGUUAUUUGUUUUGUUUUGGGGUGGGGGAUGUGUGGGGUGGAAUUUUGGGUUGAUGGGGGGGGGGGGGGUGUUUGUGGGGGGUGGGUGGGGGUUGUGGGGGGGGGGUGUGGUGUGGGGGGUGGGUGGUGGGGGGGGUUUUGUGUUGGGUGUUUGGGGGGUGGUUGUGUGGGGGGUUGGGUGGUGUGUUUGUUGUGUGGGGGGUGUGGGGUGUUGGGGGUGGUUUGUGGUGUGGUGUGGGUGGUGGUGUUGGGGGGGGGGGGGGUUUGGUGGGGGGGUGGUUUUUUUUUUUUUUUUUUUUUGGGGUUUGUUGGGGUGGGGGGGGUGGUGUGGGUGUUGGUGGGGGGGGGGGUGGGGGGUGGGGGGGGGGUGUGUUGUGUGUGUGUGGGGGGGGGGGGGGUGGGGGGGGUUUGGUGGGGGGUUGUGUGGGUGUGGUGGUGGGGUGGGGGGGGGGGGGGUGGUGUUUGGGGUGGUUGGGUUUUUGUUUGUUUUUGUGGUGGUGUUGGUGGGGGGGGGGGUGGGUGGGUUUUGGGUUUGGGGUGUUGGGGUUGGGGGUGGUGUGGGGGUGGUUGUGGGGGUGUGGGUGGUGAUUGGGGGUGUGUUGGUUUGGUGGGGGUGGGGGUUUGGGUGUGUGUGUGUGGUUUGGUUGUUGGGGUGGGUUGGGGGUUUGUUUUUGUUGGGGUUUGUAUGUUGGGGUGGGGUGUGGGUGGGUGGUUGGGGUUGUUGGGGGGGGUUAGUGUGUUUUGGUGGGGGGGGGGGGUUGGGUGGUGUGGUUGUGGGUGUUUGGUUGUGUUGUUUUUUUGUUUGUGGGUGUGGGUGGUUGGGGGUGGGUUGUGUGUUGUGUUUGGUGGUGUGGGGGGGGGGGGGGGGGUUUGUGGGGGGGGGUGGUUGGUGUGGUGGGGUGGGGGGGUGGGGGUGUGGGGUUGUUGGGGGGGGUGGUGGUGGUGGGGGGGGGGUUUGGUUUGGGGGUGGUGUUGUGGUGGGGUGUGUUGGUUGGGUUGGGGUGGUGGUGGGUGUUUGUUGGGGGUGGGUUUGGGUGGGGUGGGGUGUGGGGGGUUUGGGGGGUGUGUGGGUGGGGGGUGGGGGGUGUGGUGGUGGGGGGGUGGUGGGGUGUGGGGUUGUGUGGGUGGUGGUGGGGGUGUGGGGGGGGGGGUUUUGUGUGGGGUGUGGUUUUUUUGGGUGGGGGGGGGGGGGGGGGGGGGGGGUGGGGUUGGUGGGUGGGUUGUGUGUGGGGUUUGUGGGGGGGGUGGGUGGGGGGGGGGGGGGGGGGGUGGGGGGGGUGGGUUGGGGGGUGGGGUGGUUGGGGUGGGUUGUAUGUGGGUUGGGUGGGGGGGUUGUGGGUUGGAGUGGGGGUGUGUGUGGGUGUUGAUUUUUUGGGUUUGGGGUGGGGGGGGGGGGGGUGGGUGGGGGGGGGGGGGGGGGGGGGGGGGGUGGUGUUGGGGGGGUUGUUGUGUGGGUGGGUGGUGGGGGGGGUUGGUGGGGGGGGGGGGGGGGGGGGGGGGGGGUUGGGUGUUUGGGGGUGGUGGGGUGGGGGGUGUGGGGGGGGGUGGGGGGGGGUGGUGGUGUGUGUUGUGGGGGGUGGGGGUUUGGGGGUGGGGGUGGGGGUGGGUGUUUGUGGGGUUGGGGGGGUUUUGGGGGGGGGGGGGGGGGUUGGGGUGUGGGUGGGGGGGGGGGUGGGUUGUUGGUUUGGUGGUGUUGUUGGUGGUGGGUUUUUUUGUUGGGUGUUGUUUUGUUUGUUGGGGUAAUGGGGGUAUUAUUUUUUGGUUUGGGGGGGGGGUGGUUAUUGUGGGUUGUUGUUUUUGGUUUGGGUUGGUUGUGGGUGUGGGUGUUUGUGUGUGUGUUGGUUUUGGGGUUUUGUUUGUGUUGGGGGUGAGUUUGGGUGUUGGGUGGUUUGGGGUGUUGGGGUUUGGUGGGGGGGGGGGGGGUUUUUGUGUUUGGGGGGGGGUGGGUGGGGGUGUUGUGUUUUGGUGGGUGUGUUUUGUAUUUGUGGGUGGUUGGUUGGGGGGGGGGGUGUGUGGGUGGGGUGGGGGGGGGUGGGUGGGGGGGGGGUGGGGGUUGGGUGGGGGGGUGGUAGGGGUGUUUGGGGGGUUGGGGGGGGUUGGUUGGUGGGGGGGGGGGGGGGGGGGGGGUGGUGGGUGGUGUGGGGGGGGUGGGGGGAGGUGGGGGGUGUGGUUUUGUUGUUGGUGGUGGUGUGUGGUGGUUUUUUGUGUUGGUGUUGUUGUGGUUUUGGUUUGUGUAUUGGUUGGGGGGUGUUGUGAUGGUUGGUGUGUUUUGUUGGUGGUUUUGUGGGUUGGUGUUUUUGUUGGUGGUGUGGGUUGUGGGUUGGGGGUGUUGAAGUUGGGGGGGGGGGAAGGGUGGUGUUGUGGUGGGGGGGUUGUGGUAGGGUUGGGGGGGGGGGGUGGGGUUUGGGGGUGGGGUGGUUGUUGGUUGGUUGUUGUGGGGGGGGGGUGGGGGUUGUUGAGUGGGGGGGGGUGGGUGGGGGGGGGGUUGGGGGGGUGUGGGGGGUUUUGUGGGUGUGGUUUGGGGGGUUGGUGGUUUGGUUGUGGUGGUGGUUUGUUGUUGGUGGGGUGGUGUGUUUUGGGUGUGGGUGUGUUGGGUUUUGUGGGGGGUGGGUGGGUGGUGUGGGUUGUUGGGGGGUGGGGUUGGGGGGGUUGUGUGUGGGUGUGUGUGUGUGUUGUGUGGUUGGUGUGUGAUGUGGUUGGUGUGGUGUGUGUGUGGUUGUGUGUGGGUGUGUGUGGUGUGGGUUGGUUUGUUGUGUGUGUGAUGGUGUUUGUGGGUGUGUUGGGUUGUUGGGGUUGUUGUGGUGUGUGUGGUGGUGUUGGGGUGUGUUGUGGGGUGUGUGUGGUUGUGUUGUGGGGUUGUUGUGUGUGUGUGGUGUUUGGGUGUGGUUGUGGGUGUUUGGUUAGUGUGUGUUGGAAGUUGUGUUGGGUGGUUUUGUUUUGGGGGGGGUGGGGUAUUUUGGGAGGGGUGGAGGUGGGAUUAAUGGGGUUGGUGGGGGGUUGUGAGUUUUGGGGGGGGGUUAGAGGGGAGUUUGGGGGAAUAGGGGUGGUUGGGGGAGAGUGGGGUUUGUUGGUGGUUGGUGGUGGGGGUGGGGUGGGUGGGUGUGGGGUAGUUUGGGUGGUGGGUUUUUGGGGUGGUUGUAUGGGUGGGGGGGUGUUUGGGGGGGUGGUGGGGGGGUGGGGUAGGGGGGGGGGUAUGUGGGUUGGGUUGUGGGGGGGGGGGGUUUGGUGGGGUGGGGUGUGGGGGGGGGGGUGUGUGGGGUUUUGUGUUGUUGUUGUUUUUUGUGUGGUGUGUGUGUUUGUUGGGGGGGGUGAAGGGGGUAAGGGGGUUGAUGGGAUUUGUGUAAGGUUGUUAUGUGAGGGGGGGUUAGGGAUAGAUAGGGUGUUGUAUUUUUGUUUGUGGUUGUUUGUUGGUGUGGGGUGUGGUGGGGGGGGGGGGGGGGGGGGGAUAUGGGGGGGUUGUGAGGGGGGGGGAGGGGGGGGGUGGGGGGGGGUGUAUUGUUGGGUAGGGGUGGUGGAGGUGGGUUGGUUGUUUUGGGUUGUUUUUGGGUGUGGUUGGUGUGGUGUUUGGUGUGGGGGUGUUGGGGUUGUGUGGGGGUUUUUUUUAGGAGGGUUGAUUUAUAGUUGGUGUGGGGUUUGGUUUGUUGUGUUUUGGGGGGGGGUGGUGGGGUGGGUGGUGUUUGGGUUGGUGGUAUUGGUAGGGGGGGGUGUUGAGUGGAGUGUGUUUGGUAGUUGGUGGGGUGUGUGGGGUUUGUUGGUGUUUGGGUGUAUUGGUGGGGUGUGGGGUGGGGGGUUUGGUUUGUGGGGGGUGGGGGGGGUGUGUGGUUGGGUGGGGUUUGUGGGUGGGUUUGAGUAUGGGUUGGUUGGUUUUGGGGUGGGGGGGGGUUUUGUUGGGUUUUUGUGGGUGUGGGUGGGGUUGGGGGUGGGUGGUUUUUGGGGUGUGGGGUUGGUGUGGUGUGGGUGGGGGGGUGUGUGGGGUUUGUGUGGUGUAGGGUGGUGGGGGGGGGUGGUUUGUGGGAGUUGGUUUUAUUUGGUGGGGGGGUGGUUUGAGUGGUGGUUUUGGGGGGGGUUUUAUUGGGGUGGUGGGGGGUGGGGGUUUUGGUUUGGUGGGUGUAGUUGUUUGUUUGUUGGUGGGUUGGUGGGUGUGGGUUGUUUUUGGGUUUUUGGUGGGGGUUUUGGGGGGGUUUGGUGGGUUGGGUGUUUUUGUGGGGGUGUUGGGGGGGGUUGGUUUGGUGGGGGGGUGGGGUGUUUGAGUGGUGGAGGUGGGGGUGGGGUGGGUUGUGUGGGGGGGGGUUGUGUUGUUUGUGGUGGGGGGGGGGGGUGGGUUGUGAUUUUGGGGUUUGUUGUAUGGGUUUAUUGUGGGUUGGUUGUUUGUGGUGGGGGGGUGUGGGUGGGGUGUGGUUUGUGUGUGGUUGGUUGGGUGUGUUUGGUGUUGAUGGUGUUUGGUUUGGGGGGGGUUGUGGGGGUGGUUUGGGUGGUGUUUUGGGGGUGUUUGUGGUUUGUUGUGGGUGUGGGGUUUUUGGGUGGGGGGGGGGGGGGUGGGGGGUUGUGUGUGGGUGUUGGGGGGGUGUGGUGGGGGGUUGUGUGGUGUGGGUUGGGGUUUGGGUGUGGGGGGGGGGGGUUGUGGUGGGAUUAUAUAUGUAGGUUGAUUUUGUUUUGGGUUGUUGUUGUUUAUUAUUAUGGGGGUUGUUUGUUGUUGGGUUGGGUGGGGGAUGUUGUGGGGGGGGGGGGUGGGUGGGGGGUUUUUUUUGUUGAUUUUUGUGUUGGGGGGGGGGUUAGUGGGUGGUGUUUAAGAAUUAUUAAGGAGGAGGGGGGGGGUGUUUGGGGGUAG